AACAACGUAGGUGGUGUGACGGGCGCAAAUAAUGCGAGAAAAUACGAGUAGCGCUUAAGAUGCAAGCAAGAACUCGCUUACAGCGUGAAGAGAAGUUACGGCGAUAAGGGUACAUCCGUACAUCGUGUUGGAUAUGUGCUCUCAGAUCUUAAAGGAUAGAGAAUCCAAGUUAUAUACAUAUACCAUAUAUGUAUGUACUUACUUAAUGUAUAAUCUUGACAAGGGAUACAUUUAUAAAUGUUAAACAAAAUGAUAUCGCAAUUUGUUGUUAUCGCCUAUGUAAUUCUAUACAAAUCAAAUAAUAAUAACGAUUCGUAAAGGCUUAAGAAAGGUAUUGUUAUGGAGAACGAAAAAACGAAAAGAAACGAACAAAUGAAAAUAAAAAAAAAAAAAAAAAAAAAAAAAAAAAAAACAAAACAAAACAAAACAAAAGAAAAAUGAAAAAAAAAGAAAAAAAAAAGAAGAAGAAGAAGAAGAAGAAAAUAAAUUCAUUAAAUUUUCUUUAUUUCUUUAAAAGAUGACAUUUUGCAUGACACCGAUGUUCAAGAUCAUGAGAGAAGAGACAAAGGGAAUGAAAACAAAGGAGAGCACACGUAUUAAACACAAAGAACUCGUGACUGGAAUAUUAGAAGGAUCAGAAAAACUCAGAAAAGACUAUGAAGAAGGAUUCCUAAUCCUCUUGAUAGCAAAAAGGGAGCGCGGCAAGUGGGGGCGGGGGGAAGAGGAGGAGGGACUCGUGCGAGCAGUCGACACGUCCGAGUGCAGUGCUCCUCGUGCCCAUCUCAUCUAUAGCUUGCCUCGUGCCUGCAUACUCAACGUUAUUUCCUUGCUGAGGUUCUUUCUUUCUCUCUUUCUCUCUCUCUCUCUCUCUUUCUCUUUCUCUCUCUCUCACCUUCUUAUCGCUGCCAGCCGGAGAAUCAGAAAUACCACCACCCGCUGACUACCGGACUCAAGAUCCGGAAAACCAAAAGCGGCGACCGCGAAUCCGCUUCGACAGGAUUGCCCAUCGCUAAUAUACCGGGGGUUCCAUUUCUUUAUUUCUUUUUUUCUCUCUCUCCCCCUCCCCUCCGUCUACUUUUUUCCUUUCUUUUUUCUUAUUUCUUCUUUUCUUUCAUUUCUUCUUCAAACGUAUUAUAGUACGAUUCUACUGUAUUGAUUUAUCAGACGAUCCUGAUGAUGAUUAGAAAUGGUCGGACAUUAAGAUACACACAUACACACACACACGUGUUUUUCGUUAGGAAAGAAAUUAAUAGAAGAUAGAAACAACAUUUUCUUUAACAUUUUUCAAAUACCAGUAUAUAAGACGACGUUGCUAACUAAGUUACACUAAGGAACUUCAUGUUCAUCUUACUUCCAAUUUGGAUUGGUCCAGUUCUUAUUUCUUCGGGUACUUGCUUGAACUUGAUGUACGAUAAGGAGAGAGAAAGAGAGAGAGAAAGAGAGAGAGAGAGAGAGAGAGAGAGAGAGAGAGAGAGAAAGAGGGAUUCUGAGUUUGCAGUAUCCAUGGAGUAGCCGCUUUGUUUCACACGGCACGUCCAGCAAUUAGUAUUCAGUCUCCUUGGGACACCCAGUGUAAGCGUGUAUAUAAGAUACUGGCCUCUCCAAGUAAACUUGUUUAUCAAGUUACACACGGCCCGGUGAGUCUCCCUCCCGUUCUCCUCGUCGACGAACAGCUUGGAAAAGGACGGGAAGAAAGAGCCAAUUCUAUGAUGUACUUUUUCGAAUAUUUUUCUUCUACUUUCCGUCGCCAUUAUGAAUCAUUAUCGACGACUCACAGAGGAUUCAUACAUGUAAGAUGAACGAAAUUUUUUUUUCUCUCUCUUUCUCUCUCUCUCUCUCUCUCUCUCCCUCUCUUUCUCUUUCUCUGUUAUUCUAAAAAAAAAAAAAAAAAAAAAAAAAAAAAAUAUAAAACUCUUUCUCGAGAGUUUUGAAUAAUUAUUAUUUAUAAUAAUUUCUUCCACAUUAUCGUAUCUUACGGUAUACGUAAGACUCGAAAAUUGAAAUUAUUUAUAUCUCAUCGUGGAUUAUGAAACGUUAAUGGCCUUGAAAUUUCACGCGUAAGCGAUUAUCAUACCUCGCUUAUGGGCUAUUUAAAUCGCAUCAUUUAUAUAUAUAUAUAUAUAUAUAUAAAAUGAAUAUACGAAAAUACACGUUGAAUCCUUUAGUAAGAAACAAGCAGACAUUGCUAAUACACUUUUAUACAGAGAGAUUUAUUGAAUCCAAAUAAUGUUUUACGAUUGCCCGAAGUAGCGAGACGAAUUUUUCGAACGAUUUCUACCUUCUCCCUUCUUCCCUCUAACUCACACACGGAAUUCUUGUCAGAAGGCCAAUUUACGUUACGAGCGUGUACCGAGAAGUUAUCAACAUAAUCGUGAACGUUCCUCGACAAAUCAAAAGGAUGUUCGCCAGGCUAUGCAGACAAACUCCAAACGGAGACUUGAAGAGGCGACACUCCUGGAACAGCGAAGCGGAUUAUCAAUCUGUGGAAACAGGAGCCGAAACAGUUUCCGGUGAGGAAGGUGACAUUUCGUCUCCUGAAAACGACGAUAGGAUAUCCUACAAGGAAAAUGGCUGUUCGAUGCAGACGGUGGACUUGGUGGCGAAUUGUCCACUUCCGGUGGUGACAGGAUCCUCAAGGUCGCCAUCGCCAUCAAGGUCGUCGACACCCACGACGCCCUUGACACCCGUUGCAUCGACGAGGAGCAUGGGGCAACGGCCAAGUACACUUCUGCGUCCGAAGAUCUCUUUGACUUGGGUCCUCCGUGGUCAGCAACAACAACAACAACAACAACAACAACCGCAACAACAACAAUCACAGCAACAACAACCGCAACAACAACAAUCACAGCAACAACAACAAUCUGGAAAUACUGGAAAUACUGGAAAUGGAAAUCAUUCAGUUUCCAACACGACGGGUUUGUAUUUGAUACUUUUGGUCUUUCUUUUCAUUGAUUUUUUUUUUUUUCCUUUUUUUUUUCCGGUCAAACAAUUUGCAAUUUCCACAGGAACAAACGUUCAUCGUGAUACACUUUCCCAUGAAAGCAGAGAGGUGUCCUCUAGAAGAAGCAUCAAAAGUGAUAAAGAAAAGGAUGCUGCCAAGGAGAAUAUCGUGGGACAAGAGAAACGUGAAAAGAAGAUCCUUCAACGAAUUGAAAAGAUCGAAAAAAUGGAGAAGGUAACGUCGAUCAGCAAGGAGACGAUAAUUGACGACAAAACGAUCGAGAGUCUGUUAGAGAAAUAUCCGGAAAAGGAAUUGUUCGCAAGCGCGAAAGAAACGAGAGAAAAAGAAAAAGUAAAGAAAGCCGUUUCCGAACCCUCACUCGUAACUCGUGAAUCAACGUCGACCCCAAAUAGUCGUGACAAACACAGACACAGACGUACAAAACGUCCACAUAAAACGAGACCACCCAGUAGAUUUGGUUAUGAGAUUGCCGACCUUGAUGCAUUUUUAACAAAGGCAUCCAUCGAGAGACCAGCUAACAUCCCAGUUGUUUUAUCCUUUCCAUCGGUCUUAUAUCAAACGCAAGGUGGUACACAGGACGAGAUGGCUCUACCGCUUGGUACAGUAGUAAAUGCAGUUUUUAAAAAUCAAACCUGGCUCUACGUGCAAACACCACAUGGCCAAGAAGGAUAUGUCGGAUAUGCAGCCUGUUUACCAUUAGGAAUAUUACCGCAACCUACGCGUGGUCCAUGUUGGGAAGACUCCACUGAUGUUUUUCCACGUCCAUUGGGUAACAUGACUGAUACAGAAAAAUUAAGAGACACAAGAUCUGAAUGCGGUGCACGAAGUAGAAACGCAAGAGUAAGGAGAGGCUCGCGAGAUGCAGUUUCCGCUUGCGGAGAACGCAGUGUCGAUAGAUUGUAUCUAAGAGCAGCUGCAAAUGCUAAAACGAAAGGUGCCAGGCAUACAUUGCUCGUCAUACGUAACGAUUAUGAAGGUCGUGGUGCAAACUCUUUGAGUGUUUCUAAAGGUGACGUCGUUGCACUUUUAAGCGAUCACGUCAAUGAUUGGUUUUGGGUUCGAUCAAGAGAUGGUAGGGAAGGUUUUAUACCGGCUGUGGUUGCUGGUCAUGGUUUCUUAUAAAAAAAAAAAAAAAAAGAAAAAAAGAAAAAAGAAGAAGAAGAAGAA